GGCGACCAAACUGGCCCGGACCCGCCGGGACGGCGACCUCCGUGGUUAGCCGGGCCUCCACGUCGCCCGUUCGCGUCGGAGGGCGACGACCCGCCCGGGGCGCCUCCCAGGUGCACAGCUCAAAUCCGGAGCGCGGGGGGUGGGGAAAGCUUGGCUGAGAAUCGCUUCGCCCCAACAGCCACUACGAGCUGCCGGCCGAGAGUGAGCUAGUGUGAGCGGACGUGCGCGCACCGCUUCGGGGGCGCGCGAUGGAGGGCGACGAGAAGUCGGCGGUCGGGGCCCCUGCCUACUGGGGCCUGGGCGCGCGGCCCUGCGACGCGUGCGGCGGCGAGGCGGCGCGGCUCUACUGCCGCGCGGACGCGGCGUUCCUCUGCGCCGGGUGCGACGCGCGUGCGCACGGCGCCGGGUCGCGCCACGCGCGGGUCUGGCUCUGCGAGGUCUGCGAGCACGCGCCGGCCGUGGUCACGUGCCGCGCGGACGCCGCCGCGCUCUGCGCCUCCUGCGACGCCGACAUCCACUCGGCCAACCCGCUCGCGCGCCGCCACGAGCGCCUCCCCGUGGCGCCCUUCUUCGGCGCGCUGGCCGACGCGCCCAAGCCCUUCGCCUCGUCCGCGGCAGCCGUGCCCAAGGCGGCCGACGACGACGGGAGUAACGAGGCCGAGGCGGCGUCGUGGCUCCUCCCGGAGCCCGACCUCGGCCCCAAGGAAGAAAGCGCCACGACGGAGGUGUUCUUCGCGGACUCCGAUCCGUACCUCGACCUCGACUUCGCGCGCUCCAUGGACGACAUCAAGGCCAUCGGCGUCCAGAACGGCCCGGCCGAGCUCGACCUCACCGGCGCCAAGCUCUUCUACUCCGACCACUCGAUGAACCACAGCGUGUCAUCGUCGGAAGCAGCGGUGGUGCCCGACGCGGCGGCGGGAGCGGCGCCCGUAGUGCCGGUGGUGAGCAGGGGCCUGGAGCGGGAGGCGCGGCUGAUGCGAUACCGGGAGAAGCGCAAGAGCCGGCGGUUCGAGAAGACGAUCCGGUACGCGUCCCGCAAGGCGUACGCGGAGACGCGGCCGCGCAUCAAGGGCCGGUUCGCCAAGCGCACGGCCGGGGCCGGAGCGGACGGGGAGGACCCGCUGGAGGAGCACGAGGAGGAGAUGUACUCCUCCGCCGCGGCCGCCGUGGCCGCGCUCAUGGCCCCCGGGGGCGCCGACGGCGACUACGGCGUCGUGCCCACGUAUUGAUCGGUGCAGGUGCAGCGAAACGCAACGCCGACAUGUUGUACACUAGCUAUAGCCUCGACCUUUGGGUUGGGGCUGUAAUUUUUGCUGCAUGCUUUGCAUGCAAAGCUGUCGCGUAGCAUUGAUUACCUGUAUGAUUCCACGGAAGCCAUGAGGACUUCCAGGCUGUCUUCAUCCCUGAUCAUUCCAUCAUAUAUGUAUAUUAUCAUCUGCUGCUAAUCUGCAACUGUAAUUUUUGGUAAUCACUAGUCAGAUGGUUGUGUUAACUAAGGGCAUGUUUGAUGGGAUAGAGAUUAUGUAAAUUUGGAUUGUGGAUAGGGAUUAAUAAAAAGAUGGAUAUUAAAAAA